AUGUAUGUGAAAUUGUUUGAUACAGUAAUGUUUUACUAUGUGAUUUUAGUGUAUUUAGUGAAUGUCCCUUUUUGUCAUUUUCAAAUUUCCCACCGUUCCGUCCCCCAUACAUUCCGACGUUCGCAGGGGACGGAACCCAGAAGACAGAUACCGGCAUCCGCCGGAGGACAUUGCCGGGGACACUGCAGGAGGGACAUCGCGGGAGCGCAGGACAAGGUAAGUGAAGAACAGAUCCCGGAGCAGCGCCGCAUGGUAAGCCCGAGUUUAGCUCGGGGUUACCGCUUUUGCUACACUCGGGAAUACUGCCAGGGAGGUUAAUCU